GCGCUUCAGCUCCCACCACACGCCCUCCCCCAGGCAAGAGGCAGAGUUCAGGAUCCUGAUACUAUUGCACCUGACGUACAUGGAAGGGAGGGAAGUGUGCAACUAGGCUGCUGGGAGAUCUUAGGAUUUGCGUCUUCCCAGAUCAAAGACCUACCCUCUGAAGAGGACCAAGCGCCAGAGGUACUACUACGAAGCUGCCUUUCUGGCCAUCCUCAAGAAAAACAGAAAGAUGGCCAAGGAGCGGGGCCUAAUAAGCCCCGAAGAUUUUGCCCAGCUGCAAAAGUACAUGGAAUACUCCACCAAAAAGGUCAGCGACGUUCUAAAGCUUUUCGAGGAAGACAAGAUGGCUCAGUACGUCCAGGGAGAUGCCAUCGGAUACGAAGGAUUCCAGCAAUUUCUGAAAGUCUAUCUGGACGUGGAUGAAGUUCCCGGCCCCCUAAGUCUGGCACUGUUUCAAUCCUUCCAGACUGGCGACUCCGUAAACAGUACUGUGACAAAAGAUGUGGUGUGUCUCAGCGAUGUCUCCUGCUACUUUUCCCUUCUGGAGGGUGGCCGGCCAGAAGACAAGCUAGAAUUCACCUUCAAGCUGUACGACACGGACAGAAAUGGGAUCCUGGACAGCUCAGAAGUGGAAAAAAUCAUCCUACAGAUGAUGCGAAUGGCUGAGUAUCUGGACUGGGAUGUGUCUGAGCUGAGGCCGAUUCUUCAGGACAUGAUGAAGGAGAUUGACUACGAUGGCAGUGGCUCUGUCUCCCUGGCCGAGUGGGUCCGGGCCGGAGCCACCACGGUACCACUGCUGGUGCUGCUGGGUCUGGAGAUGACUCUGAAAGAUGACGGCCAACAUAUGUGGAGACCCAAGAGGUUCCCCAGACCAGUCUACUGCAACCUGUGCGAGUCGUGCAUUGGUCUAGGCAAACAGGGGCUGAGCUGUAACCUGUGCAAGUACACUGUCCACGACCAUUGCACCAUGAAGGCCCUGCCGUGCGAAGUCAGCACCUAUGCCAAGUCUCGGAAGGACAUUGGUGUCCAAGCACACGUGUGGGUGCGAGGAGGCUGCGAGUCCGGCCGCUGUGACCGCUGUCAGAAAAAGAUCCGCAUCUACCACAGUCUAACGGGGCUGCAUUGUGUGUGGUGCCACCUAGAGAUCCACGAUGACUGCCUGCAAGCAGUGGGCCAGGAGUGUGACUGUGGGCUGCUCCGAGAUCACAUUCUCCCUCCAUCUUCCAUCUAUCCUAGCGUGCUGGUCUCUGGACAGGAUCGGAAACAAAGCAAAGUCAGCCAGAAGAACGCGGAUGAUUUAAAUUUGAGCACCUCCGAGGCUUUGCGGAUCGACCCUGUUUCUAACACCCACCCACUCCUAGUCUUCGUCAAUCCCAAGAGUGGUGGGAAGCAGGGGCAGAGGGUGUUUUGGAAGUUCCAAUACAUACUAAACCCUCGACAAGUGUUCAACCUUGUAAAGGAUGGUCCCGAGGCAGGGCUCCGGUUCUUCAAGGACGUCCCCGACUUCCGGAUCUUGGUAUGCGGUGGAGAUGGCACCGUAGGCUGGAUUCUAGACACCAUUGACAAAGCCAACUUGCCCGUUGCCCCUCCGGUCGCUGUGCUGCCCCUGGGCACUGGAAAUGACCUGGCUCGUUGCUUACGAUGGGGAGGAGGGUACGAGGGACAGAACUUGGCGAAGAUCCUCAAGGAUUUAGAGAUGAGUAAGGUGGUGCAUAUAGAUCGAUGGUCUAUAGAGGUGAUACCUCAACAGACCGAAGAAAAGAGCGACCCAGUCCCCUUCCAGAUCAUCAAUAACUACUUCUCCAUCGGUGUGGAUGCCUCCAUUGCUCACCGAUUCCACACCAUGCGAGAGAAAUAUCCUGAGAAGUUCAACAGCAGAAUGAAGAACAAGCUGUGGUACUUCGAAUUUGCCACCUCUGAAUCCAUCUUCUCAACGUGCAAAAAGCUGGAGGAGUCUCUGACCGUUGAGAUCUGUGGGAAACCGCUGGAUCUGAGCAGCCUGUCCCUAGAAGGCAUCGCAGUGCUCAACAUCCCUAGCAUGCACGGUGGCUCCAACCUCUGGGGUGAUACCAGGAGACCUCAUGGAGAUCUCUAUGGGAUCAACCAGGCCUUAGGCAAUACAGCUAAAGUCAUCACUGACCCUGAUAUCCUGAAAACCUGUGUACCAGACCUCAGUGACAAGCGACUGGAAGUCGUGGGGCUGGAGGGUGCCAUUGAGAUGGGCCAGAUCUACACCAAACUCAAGAGUGCUGGACAUCGGCUAGCCAAGUGCUCUGAGAUCACUUUUCGCACCACAAAAACCCUCCCCAUGCAAAUCGACGGGGAGCCCUGGAUGCAGACGCCCUGCACAGUCAAGAUCACGCACAAGAACCAGAUGCCCAUGCUCAUGGGCCCGCCCCCCCGCUCCUCCAAUUUCUUUGGCUUCUUGAGCUGAGGGGACACCUGCAGCCCCCAAGCCAGUCUUGAGCCCACCUCCCAGGGUUUGGACUCCACCCCCAAAGCUCUGUACAUUGCUGCCACACCCUCCUGUCCGCUCAGGAGCGUGUUCCUUCAUCCUCACAGUAUUUAUUGUCCUGCCCCACCUCACUGUUAAACACACACACACACACACACACCCCACAUACGUUGAAAGUGCCUCAUCAGAAUAAAAUGACUUUUUCUCCCCACCGGGAUAUUGCUAA